UAACACUGACGGUCGAGCUCUCGCAGAGCAGCCACUGCUGUAAUAGUAAAGCGAUCAACUGCAACGCAGCGAACAAGUGCUGUUCCGAAACGAAGCGGGUGCAAAUCGGUAUUUUUAAACUAUUUCUUGUAUUAUUUCUGACAAAGUAAAAACGGUCGACAGUGUGAAAGGAUAUUUUUUAUGGAUACUGUGCCUGAAAAGUGUUCGCGAAGGUAGUGAUUUAAACGAAAAUUCAGUACCAGCCCCGUAGAUCGGCACAAUCUUGUGAUAGUUCGAUUUCCCACUGAAGCCAGUCGACGGAUUCACAUUCCUUCUUGAAGAACCCCUCACGGAAAAGCUGCCAAAAUUUCACCCUAACUGAAACUAUCCCGACCCCACCAUCCCCCCUCUUAUCGCCAGCUCCAGUGCAGUACAAGGGAGAAACGCACCUACGCACUCCCUCAAACACACACACACACAACAACCAUGGGCAGUAUAUCGCGAUGUUUGGUCGCGACAUUUUUGCUUUUCUUCACAGUAUUAAAGAAUGUCGACUGUGAUGCCCCCCUCGUAGAUUCGGCCGCCCUGCCCCUGGAGCACAGAGCCGUCUAUGGACCGCCAGCACCAUCACCAGUAUACGGAACGCCUGGUUUGUUGAGUGGCGGCGGCGGCGGUGGCGGUAGCAGCAGCAGCGGCAGCGGUGCCAGCGACGAUCCAUGGCCUCUGUCAGCAACGAACGAUAGUCCCCAGAUUAAGCACCUGCAGGUGCAGUGCGAGAAGACGCACAUGCGCGUCAACAUUGAAUUCGAUCGACCCUUCUACGGAAUGAUCUUCUCGAAGGGAUUCUACAGCGAUCCCCACUGUGUGCAUCUGAAACCGGGCACCGGUCAUCUGAGUGCGACGUUCGAAAUCUUCCUGAACAGCUGCGGUAUGAGUAGUUCGGCUAAUCACAACGCCGCUAGCUUUGGAUCGCCGACGCCGUCCGGUAGCUAUGUGGAGAACACGAUCAUUAUUCAGUACGAUCCUUACGUGCAGGAGGUCUGGGAUCAGGCUCGCAAGCUGCGUUGUACGUGGUAUGAUUUCUACGAGAAGGCCGUCACGUUCCGUCCGUUCCAGGUAGACAUGCUCCAUGCUGUGACUGCCAACUUCCUGGGAGAUAAUCUCCAAUGCUGGAUGCAGAUUCAAGUCGGAAAGGGUCCAUGGGCCUCCGAGGUGUCCGGUAUUGUGAAGAUCGGCCAAACCAUGACCAUGGUUCUGGCAAUUAAGGACGAUGAGAACAAGUUUGAUAUGUUGGUACGCAACUGCGUUGCCCAUGAUGGAAAACGCGCUCCAAUCCAACUGGUUGAUCAACAUGGUUGCGUUGUGCGUCCGAAGAUCAUGAGCAAAUUCCAGAAGAUCAAAAACUUUGGACCAUCGGCUUCGGUCGUGUCGUUUGCUUACUUCCAAGCUUUCAAAUUCCCAGAUUCCAUGAACGUUCACUUCCAAUGUGUUAUCCAAGUUUGCCGAUACAAUUGCCCAGAACCGAAGUGCGGUGGUGGAGAUUACGGCCUACCAGCGCUAACUGGUAAUGGAAUUUCUGGAGAAUAUGGAGCUCCUGGAGCGCUAAGCGGAGAAUAUGGUCCACCUUCCCUGCCAGAGUACGGUGUUCCACCGGCAUAUCCAGAUCCACGACACCCAGCGGAUGCCUCGGGAGCAUUUUCAGAGAAUCAAGAUAACGUGGUACCACCACCACAAGCACAAACUUCUGGAAACUCUGCCGAAAAUAAGGAUAGCCAAAGCCAAUCAGAUGCAGCACAGGCGAAUCAAAGUCAAAACCAGCUCCAAAAUGAAAUUCAUGACAACAUCAACCUACCGCCACCACCUCCACCAGGCCAGUCGUACGUGACGGUGACCAAAAGGAAGGAUGAUAUGGUUAACGAGGGUAACCUCGUCAGCUUAGGUGGCCGCCCACGAUCGGUCGAAGGACUAGAUGACCUGCGCGGCGCUCGCCGACGACGUGACACCAUGACGGUAGUUGUGAAACCACGAAUCUACAAACGCAACGCUCAGGAGAUGACCGAUGUCAACACGGAACGGGUCAUCCAGGUGGUCGCACCAGGUGAUGUCAACUUCGCCCUGAACAGUGCUGCCAACAACGAAACCGUUGUGAUUCAAUCGCAACGCACAGUUGAUCCGGAAACGAUCUGUAUGUCUGUGCCAAGUUUCGUUGGUGGACUGGUGAUGCUGCUGCUGGUAUUAGCGGUGGCUUCCCUGGUAGCCGCUUUCCUCUUCGUCCGGGUGAGACACUUCGAUCGCAAAGCUAACCACAUGCCACUGUCCAGCAGCUCACACGUGUUCCUGGUGGCACAGUAACACGCUUCCGCCCGUCUCCCAGAACACAACGACGUUAUUGCAUGUGGAACUACGCUAUUGGUUAAAUUUUGUUCUGUUGGUUGCUUUUGUUUUUUUUUGUUUGGCCAGGUACGCUUAUCCCCGCCGCGUGAGAAUGGACCAUGCCUCGGUGGACAAGACAGUAUGCUAACUUGGUGGAGUUCAGCGGAGCAUGUUAACAUUUUGAGGAAAAUUUUACCGCAAGCUUUCGAGAAAGCAAAUCAACGAAAAGUAACGAAAAAAGUCCAACAAGGCUUACUCUUAAAAUCCCAGCGACAUCUGUGCUUGAACGGUGAAAUUAUUCUCAAUCUAAAAAUUAUAUGCUAAUACUUCAUUCUUUUGUUCCCAAAAAAAAAAUUAACCUCCAAGCUACAAAAAAGUAGAGCUUUCUAUUCAUUCUUUAAUCUAAUAUGUUUUCCGAAAAGAAAAGGAAAAUAUCUGUUUCAUGGCGCUAACAUCCUCCGUUCCCUUCUAACUUAUUUAUAUAUUCGUUUAAUUCAUUCAAAAUUCCUCAUCUUCCAGUCAUUCCCUGUCAAAAAACGUUGCAUCUGGAAACACUGUUCCCAGAACAUUGGCUUACUCAGUCAUGCUGUUCUAGUGGCUUACCAAACGUCUGCCUGAGCAGCUAACUGACCCCAAAAUUCAGGGAGUAAUAUAUCCCGAUGCAUAGUUCUUACCAACCAGCGGUGUUAUCGACGAACCCUACUUCGAAUAUACCUCUGGAAUGUAAGCGUUCAUCCAAAUCCCAAACUGUAGAGACACAACGAAAAGAGAUAAAGUAAAACGUGUAGAGUUAGAAACAAAUUGUCAACGAUUUUCAAACCCAUCACUAUACUGUAGUGUUUGUGUAGCCUGUUUAGCUAGAUCCGGGCGGGACAAUGGCCUACGUCUAUCCCUUCGGAUCUGAUAUGAGUAUCUUUGAAUCUAAAGAACACCUAUUUAUUUUCUUUAAUUAUAGUUCCCCCUUCCUGGUUGGUACAUGUGUCCACCCAAACUAUAGCUAUCACCUAUCGCUAAACAAAUCGAUAACCCCGCACUAACUUUUCUAAAAAAAAGCCUCAGCCAAUAACACAUGUAGCUCGGUAACGACUGCGAAAAACCUACCAAUUAAUAUAGUUAAACCUGCCUUCAACGAGCACCCUUUUAGCUUUCCUCACGGUACGGUUAGUAACGAUGGCGCCAACUAGUCUAGUCGCCAGAAUUUUCCUUUUAGUAAAAGAAAACUAAACUGCCAAUCGAAAUUGGUUGCAGUAUCUUUCGUCAGAUCCAGCAUAGUAGAAGCCCAUGAGUAUUAGGAUUUCCCAUAAUAGAUUCAGCACACACAGACACGCCUUUCUCUCGGCAGUAGAAGCAGUAUUUGAGGUUAAAAAAGAAACAAAAUGGUAGCGAUUGUAGUGCAGGCAUUUCGAAUAUAAAACCAAAUGCACCAGAUAGAGAGAGAGAGAAGAACGGAAAACAAUAGGCAAAUCACCUAAAUCUGUAACGGCAAAACUGGCGCACAGAAAGCGAAAAUUGGCUUUUUCUAGAUAGCAGCUGUAAUCGAUAAGCGAAAAGUGAAUCGAGAAGAAAUUAACAAUAAUCACGGUUACGUUAGGGAAAUAAAAGUAAAGUAGAUUUAGUGGAAAAAAAUAAGAAAAGACGAAUAAAAAUAAUAAUGACGAACAUGUGAAAGUAAAGUUAAAACAUUCAAGUGUGUUAAUUGCGCGACAAGUUAACGAGACAACGAGAAAA